UUGGAUAACUGUAAAGUUUGUUUCAGACAUGGCCGAAACAGCCGAAGGAGCGCAAGGAGGACAGUAUUUUAACAAAGAAAGAACAAAAUACAGCCCCGAGGAGGAGGCCAAGCUUGAAAGGCAACAUUUCUGGAGAAUAAUCGAUGCUUUUAGAUUUUACAGGUUCCAUAUCCAGGAGCAUGUCAAGCGUGCCGAGCGUCAGUUUCACAGCCUACCCCAGCGCCACCAGAAUCUGCUGCCGGCUGUUCAGUCCAACCUGGCACGCAUCAGCAAGUGUGCAGACCACAACCAGGAGGUGCUACAGGCCAUCAUCCACAACAGCAUCCACAUGUUUGAGAACAUUGAGUAUGGCGAGAGGGAGGAUCCGAGGAAGGUGCGCCCAUCCUCUACGUUUGACAUGGACAAACUCAAGUCCACCAUAAAGCAGUUUGUCAGAGACUGGAGUGAGACUGGCCAGGCCGAAAGGGACUCCUGCUACCAGCCCAUCAUCCAAGAGAUCCAAAGACUCUUCCCAAGUGACCAAUAUGAUGUGUCUAAGGUGAGCGUGCUGGUUCCGGGUGCUGGUCUUGGCCGUCUAGCCUGGGAGAUCGCUCGGCUGGGAUAUAUCUGUCAGGGCAACGAGUGGAGCUUCUUCAUGCUCUUCUCUUCAAACUUUGUUCUCAAUAGGUGUGAAAAGGUGAACUCUCUGACCCUGUACCCUUGGAUCCACCAGUUUAGCAACAACAAGAAAUCGUUAGACCAGACACGACCUAUCAGAUUCCCCGAUAUCAACCCUCAAAGCUUACCACUGGAUUCAGACUUCUCCAUGGUAGCAGGGGACUUCCUGGAGGUCUACACAGACCCAGAUUCCUGGGACUGUGUGGCUACCUGCUUCUUUAUCGAUACAGCUCACAACGUCAUACAGUAUGUGGAGACCAUCUGGAACAUUCUUAAGCCUGGUGGAGUUUGGAUCAACCUGGGUCCACUGCUGUAUCACUUUGAAAACAUGGCCAAUGAGCUCUCAGUUGAACUUAGCUACGAAGACAUUAGGACAGUGAUGGUUAAAAUGGGCUUCCACAUAGAGGUGGAGAAGGAGUCUGUGCAGACCACCUACACAGAGAAUGAUCGCUCUAUGUUGAGGUACGUGUAUGACUGUGUCUUCUUUGUGGCACGGAAACCUGGAGAUCUGUAUUUUAACUGUCAUGAAGAUGACCAACAACAGAGUUCGCCACCAGCUGCAAAGUCACCACGACGAGAGGGAACAGACUGUCUGACGUGACAGGAAAUUCUUUGACUAGAACAGUAAACUCAAAGGAGCACAACCAUUGGCUAAGAGAGGAUUGGGCUGACGAGAUAAAAAAAAAAAAGAAUACGGACACAGAAGAAAAAAAAAUCUGUGGACAUAAACUUUCUUUUUUGUGACAUUUUUUUUUUUGUAACGCGUCGUGUGGAGACAUGUUCUCAACUCCAGAAACCCUGCUUUUAGGAGGGAGGCACACUAAGUACCUGAAUGUGGAAUAGGAACUAUUGCAGUACUGUGUUAUCUCUUGGACCUGAAAAAUGUGCAUCAUCAUAUGCUAAAGUGGUAUGCUGUAGUGGAAUACUCUGCAGUGCAUGAAAUGUGGUGAUCCUGAAUACUCGACGUCCCCUGAUGCCUGGGUUUGAGUUGAGUCAGAUAGCUCUGGCUGCUGUUCUGCUUUAGUGGUGGCUUGUGUGUCAGCUGUAAGCCAUGAAGUCUAUUCCUUUUAAUUAAGGCCUGGAGUUUUACUCAUUCCCAUGUACAUUGACAUUCACAGCCUGAGAUUGUGUGACUAAAGAGCGUGGCGUGUACAUUUAAAAUCUAUUUAUUUUUUCAGAUAUGGUGCCAAUAAGUACAUCUACUCAUUUCUAUUGAUCAUCAGUCAACAUUGAAAAUGUAAUCAAAACUGUUUCAGCUUUUCAGGUUGUCUUAAAGUUUGAAAUUACUUUCUUCAACUUUUGGUUGUUUCUAAUCACACUUUGGAAUAAAGCAAAACAUUUUAACAAUAUUAGAGUUUACCAGAGUUUUACUAUAUUAUUCCGUUUGAUCUAGUUUUAACACAAACAUAACACCAAAACUCAUUUUUACUGAAAAAUCAAAAGCAUGUUAGAUCUGUUUCACAGUAUACAUGACUACAAAAUCACAGGUGGAACCAAUAACGAUAACAAUGGCUCAGUUCCAAGUGUCACAAAACUAAAUAAGAGACUCAUUAAUUUUGUUAAUUACACCCUUUGUUUUUCCUUUUGUGAUCGGUCAAAGUGUUUGUUGUGAAAAUAUUUUUGAGAGUUUCAAAAAAAUACAUAAACAGAUAAAUUACACAGAUGGAUAUUUGCAUUAAAACCAUAUGGUGUAUGUUGAAAGGCUGAAACGUCACUAUGGAGUGAUUUAUGAAUGUAAACUUUCAAUGAAAUUUGGUUUUGUAACUGGUACACCGGGUAAUUAUAUAUUAAUAACUGACAUGAUUCAUAAUCUAUAUUGGUACAUGUGCAAUGAGCAGAAGGCCACAAAUGAGUCAUAUUGGUUUAUAUGACAUUAAUGUGAUCCGGUUGAACUGAGAGAUGCGUAUGUGUAUCUCUCAGUUCAAUGCAUGCAAGCACAGACAUGAAUGGGACCCCACAUCGCCCCAUGUUUUCUGUAGAGUACUCUGAUUAAACACAAAUGUAUUUAUGAAUAAGCACCAUGUAAGAAUAAUAACAGCUGAAAUAACUGCGGUAUUAAACAAGGCCCCUCUACAAGAUAGGACCUUACAGAUCACCUGAUAAAGCACCAAAGUUAUUGUUAAUCAUAUUAAUUCAAACCAAUUUUCCCACAUUGAACCUGGUGCUUUUGGGGGGAUCUGGGGGCUAGGGCUGUACCCAGUAGUGAUGUAAUGAUGAACCUAAUGAGAUGAAAGCAUAAAAACACAUAGCAGUCUAUGUGACAUGAUUGUUCCCACUAGAGAAGAGUGGAGGGUCUGUGUUUCCCAUAGACAGUGACCAGACAGCAGUACUCUGUUCUUUAUAUUUUCUUAUGUUAGACUUGAAAUACUUUCGCCAUUAUAGGUUAUCCAGUAUUGAAAAGCAUCCCAAAAGGUCCUGGUUAAUCUACAAGACAGAAAAAUAUGUUCUAUUUAUGUAUCUGAGUUAAAGAAAAUACAGAUAUUUAAAUCUAAAUUAAACAUUUGAUGUAAGAAGUCAUUAUACACGGGUAAAUCUCGUUCAUUGUAAAAUGAGCUUCUUUAGCUUCAGGUUGCACUGGAAAAGAGAGGUGCAACCGGUGCUAAAAGUUUUGUGGUGGGUUGGAUCAGCGAGAGCCUCUCGCGAGGUUAGAGUCAGGUUAUGCUUAUGAUCUCGCGAGAGUUUCGCAAAUCGUACCUCCGGCCGCUCCAGUAUCAACCAUGUUUUGUCGACUGUACACACCAUCUAUGCUAAACACAGGCGUCGGUAAGCAGCUUGUCAGUGUUCUUAAUAAACGUGUUCUGGUUUACUGCCUGUCUUAAACGUGCACUAAUAAGCUAGUUUUCAUGGCAAAGAGACGUGCAGAGGACACUUUACUUCACGACUCUAAAAGAUGUUACCGCGCACUUUGCGGUAUUGACAUGCAGUUGGAAAGCAUGGGGGCUCCUAAGAGCCCGCCGUCCCUGCUGGCUUUGUUGGGCAGCCGCUGCAGAAAAAGGCCGUAUUACUUUGAAGAGCCAGAGCAGCCGCAGCAGCAGCCGCAGCAGCAGCAACAACAGCAACAGCUAGAAGAAACGCCUCUUUACCGCAAGACUACACAUUGCUGCGACACAAGGAAGCAUGCGCCUGAUGUUUAUACAGUGCCGACUUCUGCAAGUUUCCAGGAGCGUCGCAGCUCCAUUAAACCCCCAAACUCCAAGAAACGACCUAGAGAAGAUUCCGUGGGUUCAGAGACUGUUUCCAAAGCUACUGAUGAAGCGGAUGCAGACAGCACCACUGAAGACUGCACAUUCAACUCAUUCCAGUAUUGGAGGGUCCCUUUGCCUGAACUUGACCUCUCACUGCUAGAAGAUGCCAGUGCCCAGUCCCAAACAAAAGACAAGUCAAAGGUCAAAAACUCUUCAGAUGCCAUGGAGACCUGAAGGUGAAAGGUGCAGCGAGACUGUGACACUCUGUGAUGACGUCAGUUGGAAAAUGUUGUGAUACUUUUCAGCAGAUGAACACAUCAGAUGCACUUUAGCAACACUUGAGGUUGCUUGAAAUUCAUCCAGGUCAAGGUACUCCUGUCAGAUGGAUAGUAAGACAGCCCCAUGCUGCUGCUGCAGGAUGUCAUUGUUGACUUACAGUAGGUGAAGCAACAAUGAGAUCUGCACUGUAGCAAUACAGUUGUUACAAUGGUGACCAAAAUGUGGUAAAAUUUUUUUUAAACUAUGGAAAUACACCCAUCUUCCAAUUGUACAUAGUUUAUUAACACGUUUUCUUUUAAAGAUAAUAUCCACAUUGAAAAUGGCUUUGUGUGAAAAGUAUUUAACAUUUCCAGUGUGUGACUGACUUUUGUUUUGUGCAGAAGCUUCAUCAUGCAAACCUAGUAUACAAAAUAUAUGUGCAUAAUGCUACUAAUGAGAUUAGGUAUGAAAAGGUGGGUCUGCACAUGACAGUUCAUAUUAUUAUCAUUCUAUAAUAUUUUUCCGAGCUCUAGAGUUUUAGAGGUUGUGGGAAGUAAGAGAUUUUUUUCAUAUAGUUUGUUUAAAUGCUCAGUGUGUGUACUUUUACUAUAUGUUACUGAUACACAUCAUUGCCGAUCAGAGCUCAUUGUUACAGUUGCUUAUUUUUAUUGGCAAUAAAACAGUUUCUAAAACUUUA